AUUAAAUUUUGAGAAAAUGAUUUAAUACACCUUUAAAAAAAAUACAAAAUAAAAUAAAGAACCCCAUUAUUAAUAAAUAAAAUUAAUAAAAGUUUCGAAAAGACCCCACCAAUUCCUCAUGUCUUCUUCAGACAUUUAAAUCUUCCCUCUCUUCCCAUUGCUGCCCUCUGAAUCUCAUUUUGAAUCCAUAGAGAGAGAAACUCCGAAUCGUUAAUUCUCUCGAGAAUCAAACAGAAAAAAAAAUCAUCGAGAGAAAGAGAAAAUGAAACUCCCGUUUCUCUCCAGGAACAAUUCCUCGUCGCCUUCGCAUUCUUCAUCUUGUUCUUCAUCUUCUUCCUCAUGGCCAUGGCCUUCUUGUCACCAAAACCCUAAAACCCUAUCUUUCAGAAACACCGUAACCAGUAAAAACCCUAAUCCAAUCAUUGAAACCAUGGAUACAUCUUUCUCCUCGGAGGAGAACGAAUCGAUAGAAAACGUUAUCAAGGGGCUAAAAUCGUCGAAAAGAUUCAUCUUCGAGAAGAAAGGAAGAUCAAACUCGAUUCUUGAAGAAGCAAACCAGCCAAGAAAUGGGUUCGUGCUCUUGUCAUUGGAAUCAAAGGACCCUUACUACGAUUUCAAAAGAUCCAUGGAAGAGAUGGUUGAUGCGCACAAGCUUCAUCGAAACUGGAGAAGCCUCGAGAAGCUUCUCUACUGGUUCUUGAAGGUCAAUAGCGAAAGAAGCCAUGGGUACAUCUUCGCUGCCUUUGUCGAUUUGCUCGUUGGAUUGGCCUUCAAGGGUCAAAACGAUUCCGUCUCGAGCUCGAGUACUGAUAACGUCGCCGUUACGACCGUUACUACUGAAACCUGUUCGACUUUGUGUUCUUGUUCGAACCAAGAAGGGAAUACGAAUCCUUCCGGCGAAUCUCCCUCGUCGCAUUUGUCGUUCUACACGUCUUGUUCUUCGGAUUCCGACGAGGUUUCGUCGCCGUUGGUGCCACGUGUCACGCAUGAGAGUAGGGUUUGUUGUUUAUCGUCUUUCUCAGAGACGGAAGAGAAGAUCAAAGACACUGACGUGGAUGGUUAUGUUUCGUGUUGAUUAAUCAUUCUCGCUUUUAAGUUUUUUGUUUUGGAUUCUAGAUCGGGAAUGCCUUCAGUUGCGUAGAGAAUUAACACUAAUUACACG